AUGGAGAGUGGACGAGUUGUGAUACAGGUCAGCACAUUUUACAUACCCUUCCAGGCACCUAGUGCACUCCAUCAGUGUAGCUACUUAGUACAAGGUGUACUCCAUCAGUACAGCUACUUAGUACAAGGUGUACUCCAUCAGUGUAGCUACCGGUACUUAGUACAAGGUGUGCUCCAUCAAUGUAGCUACUUAGUACAAGGUGUGCUCCAUCAGUGUAGCUACUUAGUACAAGGUGUGCUCCAUCAGUGUAGCUACUUAGUACAACGUGUGCUCCAUCAGUGUAGCUAUUUGGUACAAGGUGUGCUCCAUCAGUGUAGCUACUUCAUACAAGGUGUGCUCCAUCAGUACAACUACUUAGUACAGGGUGUGCUCCAUCAGUACAACUACUUAGUACAAGGAGUGCUCCAUCAGUGUAGCUACUUAGUACAACGUGUGCUCCAUCAGUGUAGCUAUUUGGUACAAGGUGUGCUUCAUCAGUGUAGCUAUUUGGUACAAGGUGUGCUCCAUCAGUGUAGCUACUUAGGACAAGGUUUGCUCCAUCAGUGUAGCUACUUAGUACAAGGUGUCCUCCAUCAGUGUAGCUACUUAGUACAAGGCGUGCUCCAUCAGUGUAGCUACUUAGUACAACGUGUGCUCCAUCAGUGUAGCUAUUUGGUACAAGGUGUGCUCCAUCAGUGUAGCUAUUUGGUACAAGGUGUGCUUCAUCAGUGUAGCUAUUUGGUACAAGGUGUGCUCCAUCAGUGUAGCUAUUUGGUACAAGGUGUGCUUCAUCAGUGUAGCUAUUUGGUACAAGGUGUGCUCCAUCAGUGUAGCUAUUUGGUACAAGGUGUGCUCCAUCAGUGUAGCGACCGGUACUUAGUACAAGGUGUACUCCAUCAGUGUAGCUACCGGUACUUAGUACAAGGUGUACUCCAUCAGUGUAGCUACUUAGUACAAGGAGUGCUCCAUCAGUGUAGCUACUUAGUACAAGAUGUACUCCAUCAGUACAGCUACUUAGUACAAGGUGUGCUCCAUCAGCGUAGCUACUUGGUACAAGGUGUGCUCGAUCAGUGUAGCUAUUUGGUACAAGGUGUGCUUCAUCAGUGUAGCUAUUUGGUACAAGGUGUGCUCCAUCAGUGUAGCGACCGGUACUUAGUACAAGGUGUACUCCAUCAGUGUAGCUACUUUGUACAAGGUGUGCUCCAUCAGUACAGCUACUUAGUACAAGGUGUACUCCAUCAGUACAACUACUUAGUACAAGGGGUGCUCCAUCAGUACAACUACUUAGUACAGGGUGUGCUCCAUCAGUACAACUACUUAGUACAAGGUGUACUCCAUCAGUGUAGCUACCGGUACUUAGUACAAGGUGUGCUCCAUCAAUGUAGCUACUUAGUACAAGGUGUACUCCAUCAGUGUAGCUACUUAGUACAAGAUGUACUCCAUCAGUGUAGCUACUUUGUACAAGGUGUGCUCCAUCAGUACAGCUACUUAGUACAAGGUGUGCUCCAUCAGUGUAGCUACUUCAUACAAGGUGUGCUCCAUCAUUGCAGCUCCUUGGUAGUGCUAUUCCAGCUGUAUAUCCAGUAGUCUGCACUCUGUACUGAUAUAAGCCAGGUACAUGUUAGAUACCAGCAGUGGUUUGCCAACUUCAAUUAUAGAAGAUAAGAUAAAUAAAUGUUUGAAAUCAUCA